AGAGGAAAAGUCACAGAGAACAGCAGGGGAGGUGGAAGUUUCAAUACGGAAAUUGUAGCCACGGCUGAGAACCCUAGCACUGGAGGCCAGAAUUUGUGCGUUUGAACGCCAGAGGCUUGGCUAGUCAUGAUUAGCAAAGGAACUUCAAAGAGUUUUGGAGCCUGUUUUAUAUCUGUGAAAUGGGAAUUAUUUCUAUCUCAAAGGUUUGAGGGGAUUCGCUGAGAGAAACUUCUUAGCACGGGAUCUGCAGAAACUAGAAGCCACAGGGAAAGCAGGGGCCAGAGGGAGAAGGAAUCGGACAGGCUGAUCACUUGGAGUGUUCGCCUAAGCAGUGUCAAGAAAUGGAGGUAGGGACCGUCAAGAAGCUCAAAACCUUUGCUUCAGCCGAGUUUGCAGAACGUCCUGUGAGGAAAAUGGCUCCGGCUCCGCCGCCACGAUUGGCCAGCCGACCACCCGGCCUCGGCCAAUAAGCGCCGCCCUCUCGCCCCCGUGUUACUGGGUAGAAGAAAACAAAAACAAACGGAGCGAGAGGGGCCAGAGACUCUCCGAGGCGGCGGCAGAGGAAGAGCGGGGUCGGGGCCGGCUGACCAGGGACCUGGGCGAGCAGCGGCGGGGGCCCUAGGGAUAAAUUUAUCAAGAAGAUUGGAACCAAAUGUUAAUUAGGAUUCUGAAGGAAGAUUUCCAUUUGGUAAUUUGUUUAAUCAGUGCAAGCAAAAUUAAGGGAAAAUGGAUGUAGAAAAUGAGCAGAUACUGAAUGUAAACCCUGCAGAUCCUGAUAAUUUAAGUGACUCUCUCUUUUCCGGUGAUGAAGAAAAUGCUGGGACUGAGGAAAUAAAGAAUGAAAUAAAUGGAAAUUGGAUUUCAGCAUCCUCCAUUAAUGAAGCUAGAAUUAAUGCCAAGGCAAAAAGGCGACUAAGGAAAAACUCAUCCCGGGACUCUGGCAGAGGCGAUUCGGUCAGUGACAAUGGGAGUGAUGCCCUUAGAAGUGGAGUAACUGUGCCAACCAGUCCAAAGGGAAGGUUGCUGGAUAGGCGAUCCAGAUCUGGGAAAGGAAGGGGACUACCAAAGAAAGGUGGUGCAGGAGGCAAAGGUGUCUGGGGUACACCUGGACAGGUGUAUGAUGUGGAGGAGGUAGAUGUGAAAGAUCCUAACUAUGAUGAUGACCAGGAGAACUGUGUUUAUGAAACUGUAGUUUUGCCUUUGGAUGAAAGGGCAUUUGAGAAGACUUUAACACCAAUCAUACAGGAGUAUUUUGAGCAUGGAGAUACUAAUGAAGUUGCGGAAAUGUUAAGAGAUUUAAAUCUUGGUGAAAUGAAAAGUGGAGUACCGGUGUUGGCAGUAUCCUUAGCAUUGGAGGGGAAGGCUAGUCAUAGAGAGAUGACAUCUAAGCUUCUUUCUGACCUUUGUGGGACAGUAAUGAGCACAAGUGAUGUGGAAAAAUCAUUUGAUAAAUUGUUGAAAGAUCUACCUGAAUUAGCAUUGGAUACUCCUAGAGCACCACAGUUGGUGGGCCAGUUUAUUGCUAGAGCUGUUGGAGAUGGAAUUUUAUGUAAUACCUAUAUUGAUAGUUACAAAGGAACUGUAGAUUGUGUGCAGGCUAGAGCUGCUCUGGAUAAGGCUACUGUGCUUCUGAGUAUGUCUAAAGGUGGAAAGCGUAAAGAUAGUGUGUGGGGCUCUGGAGGUGGGCAGCAGUCUGUCAAUCACCUUGUUAAAGAGAUUGAUAUGUUGCUGAAAGAAUAUUUACUCUCUGGAGACAUAUCUGAAGCUGAACAUUGCCUUAAGGAACUGGAAGUACCUCAUUUUCACCAUGAGCUUGUAUAUGAAGCUAUUAUAAUGGUUUUAGAGUCAACUGGAGAAAGUACAUUUAAGAUGAUUUUGGAUUUAUUAAUGUCCCUUUGGAAGUCUUCUACCAUUACUGUAGACCAAAUGAAAAGAGGUUAUGAGAGAAUUUACAAUGAAAUUCUGGACAUUAAUCUGGAUGUCCCACAUUCAUACUCUGUGCUGGAGCGGUUUGUAGAAGAAUGUUUUCAGGCUGGAAUAAUUUCCAAACAACUCAGAGAUCUUUGUCCUUCAAGGGGCAGAAAGCGUUUUGUAAGCGAAGGAGAUGGAGGUUGUCUUAAACCAGAGAGCUACUGAAUAUAAGAACUCUUGCAGUCUUAGAUGUUAUAAAAAUAUAUAUCUGAAUUGUAAGAGUUGUUAGCACAAAAAAUUUUUUUUUUUUUUUUUUUUUUUUUUUAGCACUUGUUUUGGGUACAAGGCAUUUCUGACAUUUUAUAAACCUACAUUUAAGGGGAAUUUUUAAAGGAAAUGUUUUUUCUUUUUUUUUUGUUUUUCGAGGGGGCAAGGAGGGACAGAAAAGUAACCUCUUCUUAAGUGGAAUAUUCUAAUAAGCUACCUUUUGUAAGUGCCAUGUUUAUGACCUAAUCAUUCCAAGUUUUGCAUUGAUGUCUGACUGCCACUCCUUUCUUUCAAGGACAGUGUUUUUUGUAGUAAAAUCACUGGUUUAUACAAAGCUUUAUUUAGGGGGUAAAGUUAAGCUGCUAAAACCCCAUGUUGGCUGCUGCUGUUGAGAUACUGUGCUUUGGGAGUAAAAAAAGAAAGUUAUUUCUUUGUCUUAAAGAAUUUUUUAAAAAUUAGUCAUGAGACUUAUUCAUCUUUCCAGGGAACAUACUGAUUGGUCUUAAAAGACUAGACAGUUAAGUAAAAGGUGGCUGGAACAUCUAUUUUUCUACAAAACUGGAAAAAUGAACCUGGUUCUAGAAGAAUGUACACCAAAAUAAAACAUGUGAAGCAGUGUUGAUUCUUUA